UCUUAAAUCUAAUGCCUAGAGUCCAGAGUGAUGGGCAGUCCACUUGUAGAGUGGACUCUCUUGUGUAGCAUUUUCUGUAAUGUUUUUAGGUUAACAUUGCGUAGAGUGGAGUAGACUGGGAUUUAAAGUUCUAUUCCUGACAGUUCAUUAUGGAAAUUGUAAGCAUUACGUAUCUCUCCAGGGGGAUAGAGAAGUUGAGUAGGCCAGCGUGUACAACAGUUUGUCAGCUGUUCAUCCUGGAUAUGGGUCAGUGAGUUGAGCAGCAGGGUUUCUCUUGGAUCAAAUAUUAUUUGCAAGGUUUGCAUAUAGGGACUAAAUCGUCGUCACAAGGGUUUUUGUUUUGUAAUUGUUUUGCUUUUGGAGGAUUCAGUUCUCAGGUGGUCUGAUUGGGUUUGCCUCGUCCUUGUGUUGCCAUGGCGAUGCGGGAGUUGGUGGAGGCAGAAUGUGGGGGAGCCAAUCCCCUCAUGAAGUUGACCAGUCACAUGAGCAAGGAAGGGGGUGCAUGGCGACACCGCUCAACACCUACAAUUCCCCCCUCUCCGAUUGAAAUUGCGACUGAAGAAGAGCUGGUGAAUGAGUUCCUUCAGGCGCCCCCCCGGCCCCCACACACAUUUGACAUGGGUCAGCUGUUGGAGGAAAUGCAGCAAAUCGACCAGCAGAGCUACAGACAAGCUCCACAGAGAGCUCCAGAUGUGGCAGCGUUAGCCCUCUCUGGUGAUUGGACGGCCGAGUUCCUCUCAGGUCCUGACUCUGCCUCCACACCGGGGCUCAUCGCUCUUGGUGAUGCAGCAGAUGCUGAUUGGACGAAAGAAUUUAUCGCUGAGGCUGCAGAUCCUGGACGGUGGGCAGAGGAGUAUCUGGAGCAGUCGGAGGAGAAGUUGUGGCUGGGAGACCUGGGAGACAAGGAGAACGAAUGGACAAAGGAGUAUCAGCCAGGGGAGGAGCUGAGGCAGACAGCCAAUGAGCUCGUCUCAAAGGUUGAUGACCCCAAGUUACAAAACACUGAGUUCCUGCGAUUCAUUAGGCAGAUUGGCGAGGGCAGUGUGACAGUGGAGAGCAGGACAGACAAACAGCUCAAAGAUAAAGCUCAGGCCAAGGAGGCUCAGAACUGGGCCUCCAACCUCAACCAGUUCCUGACGGAGACGGGGGGAGGGAGUCUUCCCUUGGAACCCCCAGAGAGGAAUGAGAAGAUUGAGAAAGUAAAAGCUAAACAAGCAGAGCAGUGGGCCCAGGUCAUCAGGCAGGUGUCAGAGGAAUCGGCUGAAGCCUGGGUAGAUGAGUUUGCCACAUCAGGACCGGAUUUCCAGCAAGCUAAAGCUGCAGUGGAGAGUGAUGUGGAUUUCUGGGAGAAGCUGCAGCAGGAGUGGGAGGAGAUGGCUAAGAGGGACGCAGAGAGCCACCCCUGGCUGUCUGACUUCGAUCAGCUACUCAGCACUUCUUAUGACAAGGGGUAUCAGUUUGAAGAGGAGAACCCCUACUUAUCCCACCCAGACCCUUUGUCAGAAGGAGUGAAGAGGAUGGAGGCGGGGGACAUCCCUGGUGCCGUACGGUUCUUUGAAAGUGCUGUACAGAGAGAACCAGACAACCAGUUGGCAUGGCAAUAUCUGGGAACCUGUCAGGCAGAGAACGAGCAAGAAUUUGCUGCCAUCAGUGCUCUCCGCAGAUGUAUAGAGCUGAAGAACGACAACCUGACUGCUCUGAUGGCGUUGGCCGUCAGUUUCACUAACGAAUCGCUGCACAGGCAGGCCUGUGAGACUCUUCGUGAUUGGCUAAAGCACAAUCCAAAAUACCGUUCUGUGUGGGAGCAGAAGGAGGGUGAACCCCAACAGGAUGGAGCCAGAGAAAGAGAGAGGGAGAGGUUCGGGUCACUGCUGCCAGAAUCCUUGUUUACUGAUGUCCAGUCCCUGUUCCUGCAUGCAGCCAACUCUGACCCCGCCCAGGUGGACCCCCAGCUACAGUGCGGUCUGGGAGUUCUCUUCAACCUCAGCGGGGAGUACGACAAGGCGGUGGACUGCUUCAGCGCUGCUCUGUCUGUCACACCACAGGACUACCUGCUGUGGAACAAGUUGGGGGCCACACUUGCCAAUGGAAGCCGCUCAGAGGAGGCCGUGGCCGCUUACAGGAGAGCUCUGGAGCUGCAGCCUGGUUUCAUCCGUAGUCGCUACAACUUGGGAAUCAGCUGUGUCAACUUAGGAGCACACAGAGAGGCAGUGGAGCACUUCCUAGAAGCUCUGUCUCUACAGCGCCAGGCCGCUGGGGAUGGGGCAAGAGCUGCAAGGGGGCUUGGAGGUGCCGCAGCCACUGUGAUGUCUGACAACAUCUGGUCCACCCUGCGUAUGGCUCUCAGUAUGAUGGGAGAGAGCGCUCUGUACGCUGCAGCAGACCGUCGGGACUUGGACACAUUGCUGGCUCACUUCUGCCAGAGAGAGGUGGACGGCGGGACUGAAUGAAAAUCAGCCAGGGGAGGGCUUAUUGAGUGUGAAUGUGUUUCGCUGGGAGGUAAAUGUUUGGGUGAGUGAAUGAAGCGGAGAGGAAUCAGAGAGGUAACGGUUACAGAGAAAUGGAUGAGGAAGACACUGUGAAUUAUCCACCAUCCCAGAGACAUCAUCUUGUGGUCAUGUGCGCUUGAAUAACUUCUAUCAAAUAUUGCAGUAUUAGUGUCUACCUGGAAGACGCAGCCAGCAGCAAUACAGUCAUGUCACUGUAUUUUACAUGUCUGACGGUCCUCACAUUUACUCUUACUCUGUUGAUCUGGAGAACUGGGUCUAAUAAAAUGUCACUUUUGUUGUUGAUUUGAAAUUUUUUCUCAGUGAAGAAAGUAAAAGAUGAGUAAUGAUGAAUGCAAUGUGGACAGUUUGUUUAUCAAGACACUCAAUGCUCUCACAGUUUUUCUUAAGAGCAGGUUGUAAGUUGAGCUGUAUACUCACUGCAAAUAUGUAGAUUAAAGGUACAAUGUUGCUGUGACAUUGAAAAGAGUACUGCUUUUUGUCAAAAGUGCUCUCAGCAGGAUUGGUCCGGUCCAGAGUACAAACACUAAUCAGAAGUGCUACAGCGAGUUUUUUUUUUUUUUUAUACUUUAUUUAAUUUUUUAGUAAUCAAUUAUCAGCCAGGAUAAUGAACUGACAACCAGCGGGGCUGUUGCGUGUGCGUGUGGUGUGUGCGUGCGCGUGUGUGUGUGUGAGUGAGUGAGAGAUUAAUAUUGCAUCUGAUGUUAAGAUCAUAUAAUUGUAAUAUCAUUGAUAAUGAUUUCUCUGGGCUCCUCCCAUCUUUUGCUCUUUUUCAUAUUGCUCUUGUAAAACAAUUUGCUUCGUAAAAUAAUGCGUUAUGCCAUAUUGUGUAUUGUAACAUAAUCGUUGCACUAUAAUUGUGUUCAGGCUAGUUGUAUCCUGACUGCAAUGUUUAAUAAAAUAUUCAGCAAUAAAGCUUUGAUUCCAAACAUC